CCCCUGUCUUUCCUACUAUUUCAUUUUGCAAUUUUGCAUUUUCACAUUAUAAAUUAAUAAUUUAAAAAGACAAGUUUUAUAUGUAAGCUUGCCUGCUGAAUUUGCAACCCCCAUUUUGAAAACAAGCCAUCCAGAAAUGGAUUUUUGCUUCGGGAUGUAUUUGCUGCCUUUAUUUUUCCUUCUGCAGAGAUUGAAACCCUGUUGACUUCUUCCUCAAAGACUAUGGAUCCCAUUGCCCUUCAUUGUGUGGAGAAGCCUUCUGUCCAUGCGAAUAUUCCUGUUCCUGAUAUUCUCCAAAAACUGGAGGAAUCUCGGCUUAGACUUUUGAAUCCCGUCCGUCCUUCAGGAUUAUGGCAGGAGGAUGUGGGUUUGGCACAUGUGGAGAGCUUGUGGAAAGGCCCAGAGGGAUCUACGAAGAGCGAAAAUGUCCCAGGGACUAGAGAGACAUUGGGAAGAAAACAGAACCAGGAACAAAACAAGUUAAUGAAAAAAGAGGACGAGGUGGACUCGUUCAACGACAUCCCGGAAUAUGUCCUUGCAAUGCCCGAGGAUGAGUCGGAACAGUUAGAGGAGGAGGAUGACACCCUGUGGUCUGAGAUACAGGAGGAGGAUGAAGAGGUAGCUCUGAAAGACCAAAAGCUAAUGCUCUUGAGCAUGGUGUGCUGCUCCUUGGUGGAAGGGGCACGUUUUGGGAAUCCUCCGGGAUUGUUACAGCAGAAACUGAUGAAAACAUGUAAGAGUCUAGCAGAAUAUGAACCAGAAUUCAUCCUCAAGGUUGCCUUGUAUGCCCGCCAAGAACUGAACAUCCGCAGUACGACUAAUUUCCUCCUGGCAUUGGCUUCCUACCUUCCGCCCUGCCGCCCACAUGUGCGGCGCUAUUUUUGCCAUGCGGUACAACUCCCGUCGGACUGGAUGCAAGUGGCCAAGCUCUAUCAAAGCCUAGCAGGGGAAGAAGGAACGCUGGCUCCUAUGCCUUCCUGCCUCCGUGCUGGGAUGGCUGAUAAGUUCCGGCAGUUUGAUGCCUAUCAGUUGGCCAAAUACAACACACGCAAGAGCCGGGGCAAGCAACGUCAGAAGCCAAAGGCUAGAAAG